AUUCAGACAAAUUUCUCAUCACUCAGCUGUUUUUUCUUUUUUUUGUUAUUAAAAUAAAAUUAAAGUAAAGAUAAGGAAGAUACAAAUAAAAUUUGCAAAAAUGAUUCAAAAAAUUGAAAUGUCCUUGCGAAGUUUUUACAUAUUCAAUUCAAAUUUGUCUAAAAAAGAAGGAGAGGAAGAAAACAAAAUCCUUUUCUAUUACCCAUCGGACAUUGAAUUGGACAAUAAAAAGAAUGACAUCGGUCUAAGUGAGGCAAUUAUUCAAUUUUCAAGCAAAUUCUCGACCACCAACGGUUGUAAAGCUGUCCACACCCAAAAGACAACACAACUCUUUUUCGAACCAGAGAAAGAUUAUUGGAUGGUUAUGGUGAUAAAUGUUCCAAAAGAAAUCAAACUGAAAGAUGGCGUCGAAGAAGCCGAAUAUAGGGGCGGAGAAGUUCAUGAUAAAGUCUUUCGUGCUGUUCUAGAGCAAUCCUAUCGAAUGUUUCGUUUAUUUGCUGGCAAAUUCAGUUCAAAUAUGAUUGGUGACUCAGAACUCACUCAGGCCGAAUAUUUGCGUAAAAAACUCAAUGAUUUCUUCUCAAUGUACGUAUUGACAUUGAAACUACCAGCUUGUGAUGUCUUAGACGCCCUCCGGACCAUUCAAUACAUUCCGUUGGAAAAGGCUCUAUUCUUGAGAGUUCAUAAUUUUAUUAAUAUGAUUCAGGCAACAUUUCCAACAAUCGAGAAUACAAUCUUCUUCUACAAUGAUCAAGUUGUUUGCUCAAAAUUAGAUCCCCAUGAUUUGUAUUGCAUUCAUGAAUAUUUGCUUGGAACAGUGUUCCCUAAAGUGACAAACAUUGAGUUGAGUGGAGCUGCUCUCCAACGUUCGACUAGCCAAGAUGGCUAUCGACAAGGAUCGUUUAUAAAUGGACCAGAGGAUUCAGAGACAUUUCCUAACUCUACCAAAGCUCCUAAGGUUUACCUAAAGACUGGUGAUGGGGAGCUGAAAUGCUAUCAUAAGAUCAUUUAUCGAGCAAUGAGUGCUACUCUAUGUUUAUUCGUUGAUGUGAACAGCGAAGUUACUGAUGACUUUUUCUUCGAGCUGCAUUCCUUUAUGGGACCUCAAUUAUCUAGUAUAGCCUCGGACAUCGGAGAAUCACUAAAAGCGAAAAUCCCAAAUACCGUCGCCACCGCCGGAACUCCGACAGCCGAUAUCACAGACAGCAACAGUCCAAAGUUUCUCUUCAUCAACGAACUAAGCCUAAUUCAUCAUACCAACAUCUACACCGACCAUCGUAGACCUAAAACCUGUAACAUUCCACCAAAUGUUAUGAAUCUAAUUGCCGAUUUGCAUGAAGACAAAACUUCCGACAAUCUGGAAGAAGUCCAUGUCAAAUGCAUCAACGAUUAUUGGAUUGUAAAGAAAAGUUCCAAUUGGCGUCAGUUUUAUGUAAUAAUCUCAAACAACAGAGCCACUUUAUUAGAUAUAACGAACGAAGCCAAGAAGAUCUUUGACCAAGAAAUUACAAAUGAUGUAUUUUUUGACAAAUAA